UGUAUGCCCGUACCAAGAUGGCGGCACUUUAGGCACGUCCCUCAACAGCGGCGUCUGCGUAUAUAUGUCUAUGCUGUCAGCCACGUCACCUCCUCUAAAACAACUUUCCAGCCGCAGACUACUGCUCACACAGCCGAAUAUUCAAGAGGAAUCGAUAUAUACGUUUCAUCUCUUUCUAUAUCUGCGUUUACAUAACGAACCUGCAAGUUGUCUGAGUUCACUGCGCAGGUGCUAGCUGGUGUUUAGCUUUUAUCUCUUUUUUUUUUUGCACUGUUAGAGCGGUUGUUUUCUGUGUUGGCUCUAAACGAGACCUGUAAGGCCUGUCUGGUUUUCUUUUAUCGUUGAACAUUUAACAAUAUGAAUGUUUUUCGUCUUGCGGGUGACGUGUCACAUCUGGUGGCUAUCAUUAUCCUGUUGCUGAAGAUAUGGAGGUCCAGAUCAUGUGCUGGUAUCUCUGGGAAGUCUCAGUUGCUGUUUGCGCUGGUCUUCACCACCAGGUACCUUGACUUGUUCACAGUCUACAUCUCUGCUUACAACACAAUCAUGAAGGUGGUGUUCCUGGCUCUGUCCUAUGCUACUGUGUACCUGAUCUACAUGCGCUUCAGGAACACAUAUGACUCUGAGAACGAUUCAUUCCGUGUGGAGUUCCUUCUGGUGCCAGUCAUUGGGCUGUCCUUUCUAGAGCACUAUGCUUUCACCCCAAUGGAGGUCCUGUGGACCUUCUCAAUCUUUCUGGAGGCCGUGGCCAUAAUGCCGCAGCUCUUCAUGAUCACCAAGACAGGCGAGGCAGAGUCCAUCACCACUCAUUACCUGUUCUUCUUGGGCCUCUACAGAGCCCUCUACAUAGCCAAUUGGGUGUGGCGUUACCACACAGAGGGCUUCUUUGACCAGAUCGCCGUCGUAUCUGGCGUUGUGCAGACCAUUUUUUACUGUGAUUUCUUCUACCUUUAUGUCACUAAAGUGGUUCAAGGAAGAUCAAAGAUGAGCCUGCCGAUGCCUGUUUAACACAGAUGCCACAUUCCACCAAUCUGUGCCUGCUCCAGUUCAGCAUCUGAACACAGACCCAGCCCUUCACCUGUAAUUAGCAAAGGGACUAAUGGUCUGACAGGAAUCUGUAGACCAAAAUAAGUGCACCUCUAGAAACGGAAUAUCUGUCUGAUUGGUACUUUUGUGACCGAAAUUGUGUAUUUGUGGGUGUGUGCAUGUAUAGGUAUGUACACAUGCAAUAUUGUGGUCAAAUGUUUGUUGUGUAUGUUUUGCUUGGUUUUGUUUUUCUCCGUAAAAUGCAAAUGUGACACUGAAAAUGUGUCCCCUGAUGUGCAUUUAAGUUUAACUUAAAGGGACUGGGCAACAUACUGUAUAGUUCACCUUUACUUUCCCCUUUAAGUGGGGUUAAAAACACCUAAAUACAAUUUGUUUUUAUGCCAACUGUUAUUCAGUACUCUUAAAUUAGUUUGUGUAGCUGUAGCUUCCACACUACAGGUUGGAGGUACUUGGAGUCACAUGUUACAGGUUCCUCCACCUAAGUCUUGCCCAGUGAUAUGCAGUAAUUACAAAUACUGACGUGUUUAAAUUUGUUCCUUCCAAUCUUCCAUCAAGUGUCUUCCUCUGUCUUCCACUUCCUGAAUAGCUAUAUGAUAACAUUGUUCUCCCUUUUGCCACCUAUGGCACUGCCGUUUGUUGUUUCCAUUUCAUCACUGUCUUUUGUGUUCCAAGCAUUUAUUCAAGGGAGUAAAAAGGGCUUAAACAUGUUAUGUCAUAAAUCAAACCAAAGCUGGACUAGAUCUUUCUUUCCUAGGCCACUACAUUGACUAAACUUUUCCUGUGUAAAGGAUACAAAUUGGACAGUAGCAUUUCAGCAUUUUGGGUUUUUGUUCCUGAUUUUCACAUUUUUAUGAUGUUACUUGUAGUCAUUUGAAUUGCACUCCAUUUGUAUGACAUUAUCUUUAUUACAACAUGUGAAUUCUUUCAUUUCAAAGGUGUGGUUGAAUGUUCAUAAUGACCAAAAUGCAUGCAGUGUGUUACGCACCGUCAUGUUUACUUUUCCAUAUGGCUUGUGCAUACAUACAACAAUACAGUGCAGAUGUGAAACAGAAGUACCCAACAUUAUUUGACACAUUAACCCUCAUUAUGUCCAUGAACACACCCUCAGGACAGAAAUGUCUUUCGGUGCUUGUACAACACCUUACUUCCUUCUCUCACUGCACCUCCCACCGCUUUGGCAGCUGAACUAAUGGAGAGUGGUGAGGCUGCCAGAGCCGCUGCCCUCUCCACCACUUUCACUUUCUUCACUGCCUUGCCUUUCCCUUUGUCUUUUCCCAUGAUCCCUGCGCCCUCUGCAGCACCUUUCCCCAUUGCUGUCACCAGUUCACACCAGAAAAGCCUCUCUGCUCUUUUCCUUGCCUCUUCCUCUUCCCUCCUCUUUCUUUCUGCAUCUGACACCUGCUCAUUUUUGUCUCCCACCGCCCUCAGAGGGGACAUUGUCUGUACUUUGUCUCCCAUGAUCCUCUCUUUUACCUCCCUGAUGGCUCUGUCAGCUUCCUCAAACAUCUCUUUGGUGUAGUAUCCACAUCCGUUGUCCACCACCAUCUUGUCUAUUUUCUCCAGAAGCUGCACAACUUGUUGCGAGUUCUCUGUAGUUCUGUCCUGUCCACUGUUAUCAAUGACAUGAUACCCUCCAUGGCAGCUGCUGACAAACUCUGACAACUCAUCGCUGUCCUCUAAGAAGUCCUCAAUACGUUUCCCCUGCAGCUGGUCUCCACAGGCUGGAGGGUUACCAAAAAGGCGUGAGGUCCAGGAGAGGACAAGACAACACACUGUCCAACCUCUGCCAUGACCUCCUGAAGGGACAAGCUUGUGUUGAAGAACCCUGGGGUGUCUACCACAGAGAUACUCUGCCCGUCCAACACCCCAGACUGUCUUUUGCACUGCAUGGUGACAGAACGGGGGGAGAUGUCGACCCAGAAGGCAGAUCUACCCAACAGCGUGUUCCCGGAGGAGCUUCUGCCAGUUCCUGUCCUCCCAACCAGAACAAUCCUCCGUUCAGCCUCCAGCGUAGGGGCUGAGGCCUCACAGCCUGCAAAAUUAUAGGCUAUUAUUAGAGUCUGUCUAUCUAACCAUGGUGGUAGUACUAGGAAUAAUAUGUAACACAUUCAAUCCUCACUCAAAUAUUCAGCAUCUAACCCUUGUGCAUUA